AUGGCAAGUGACCGGUCGUCCAAGAGCUACAGCUUCAUCUCGGAAGGUUCGUUCAGUGCCGAGUGCAGCGCGUAUGACUGGGAUCGCGUUGCAGCUUUAUCUGGAGCUGGAGACGAUAUCUACGGCCUCCGUGUCCCUCGAGAAGUCCGCGUCUACUCGACGACCCCGACCGAUAAUAGCGACGAUGUCCUCAGUCUCAGCUGUGCUUCUCAAGCUGCUACCGCUGGAACUACAGGCACCACAAGCAGCGCGUACGAAGCGAGACAUGACAGGAACCGGAACAAGAACAAGAGCAGGAAUCGGACCAAAUACGUGGGGAACGACUCGAUCUUCGAUCGCGAGUGUUCCAUCUCCGAGCUGUUUAUCGUGGGCAGAUCCAGUUCCGCACCACCGUCGAUUCAGUUACUUCAGGAGAUGGUUCGACCAUCGGAGAGACGCCGAGCAGCCACGGCACCACCGUCAGGCUUUUUCAAUCAUUUGUUGUACGGGAGUCUUCGAGCUGGAGCUCUUGCUGAGCUCUUUUCCCGGCCGUACUGUGGACUCGCGAUUUCAGCAGCGGUGACAGGCUUUAUGACUCCGUUCCUUGCUGAAGCCUUCCAGCCAUUAUUGUGCAUGUAUCUGGCGCUCAAUAGUGAUCAGUGCACUGCCACUCGUCGCUUUCUCAGGGUUCCUGGUGUCAUGAGCUUUUUCAUCGGUCUCGUGUCGGAUUUCUACCCGAUCUGGAACUUUCAUCGGAAAUCGUACAUGCUCGGAGGCUGGGUUUUUGCCUACGUGGCCCUCAUGGCUCUUGUUGUGGUAACUCUGGUCGAUGAUAACACCGACUUGACGUACGCCAGUGUCCGGGCUUUUUAUGGAGGAGCAGUGUACGUGCUCUUGAUGGUGGCAGCAAGCUUAGGAGUCACCGUGGCGUCAAUUGCUGCCUUUGCUCUGUUGGUGGAGCUUUCACAACGCGAACCGAUUCACGAACGUGGCAUGUUACUUGUCCAGUAUUUGCUCACACAGGAGACGGCAACGCUGUUGGCGAAUGUUACGAUUGCUUUCAUGCUGGGAUACAAUGAGACGUCAGGAACCACAGAAGCUAUGGUGUCGAUGAAAGUGGUCAUUUUGAUCAUGGCAGUUGUUACUUUGACACCGAUUCCAGCGGUACUGUUUCGACUGGACGAAGAGCCACGGCAGCUCAAGGUGGAUACAAUCGACAGGUUGUCACUUACGCGUCAGCUAUGGAGUAUUUUGCAGCAAGAAGCUGUGUGGCGCACGCUCGUGUUCGUGUGCUGUUCGAUGUUCCUGUCAUCAUUCCGAUUUAAGUUUUCUGAUGCCGCCGUGUUGUACUGGGCAAAAGUUACACCUGAUGACGAGCGUGUGGGCGAGAUCCUCAAGCAGGUUGUCACGAUCCUUUCGAUUUUGGCAUUCCGGCUCACGUUGUUCAACUACAGUUGGAUCCGCAUCGCUGUAGGAGGCUUGCUCGUUGGUGUGGGUGUAACACUCCUGGUAGCGCUUCCAACGAUUUUCGAUAGUGUUCGCAGUACGUGGUAUACGAUAAUGAUCUCUUCACUGAUUGGAAUCUCGCGCGCAACAAUGUUGUUGGUAACAUUGCUGCCAAUUGUAGAGAUUACGGAGAACUGCUUGGAAGGAGCGACGACCGGGCUCGUAUCGUCCUAUAUCACAUUGAUUGGCAUGGCCAUCUCGACGUUCUCCGAUGCGAUCAGCACAUCGAGUGCAGGACUAACAAAAGACUUUGCCGAAGACGUGAUUGCAAAAGAUACUUCCGACACGCGAACUCAAGUAUUGUUGUUCGUCGUUGUGAACUGUGCGAUCAAUCUACUUGCACUGGUACCAAUGGUUUAUUUAGUCCCGAGGCAGAAGCUCGAGGCGCAAGAGAUGCUCACAUAUGGUGAACGUAAUCGUCUAGCUGGGAUUGCUAUUACUAUUUUGUUUGUUGGUCUCGUCGCCUAUGCUGGCACAAUAGACGUGUUGAUGCUAUUGAAUAGCACCAAGUGA